AUGGAGCCACGGAACCUAACAGGUGUCUCAGAAUUCCUUCUUCUGGGCCUUUCUGAGGAUCCAGCACUACAGCCCCUUCUUUUUGGGCUGUUCCUGUCCAUGUACCUGAUCACUGUGGUUGGGAACCUACUCAUCAUCCUGGCAGUCAGCUCUGACCCUCAUCUCCACACUCCCAUGUACUUCUUCCUCUCCAACCUGUCAUUGACUGACAUCGGUUUCAUUUCUACCACAGUCCCCAAGAUGCUGGUGAACUUGCAGACACAAAGCAAAUCCAUCAUUUAUGUGGGCUGCCUGGCACAAGUUUUUUCUUUAUAUCUCUUUGGAUGUCUGGACAAUUUCUUCCUCACUGUGAUGGCUUAUGAUAGGCUUGUGGCCAUCUGUUACCCCUUGCACUACACAGUCAUCAUGAACCCCCGCAUCUGCCAUUUGCUAGCUUUGGUAUCUUUUUUCCUCAGUCUUUUGUACUCCCAGAUACACCUUUCAUUGGUGUCACAAAUUAACUUUUGCACAAAUGUAGAAAUUCCUAGUUUCUUCUGUGACUCUCCCCAACUCUUUAAACUUGCCUGUUCCGACAUCUCCACCAGCACCAUAUUUGUAUAUUGUAUUGUUGCCAUCUUUGGUGGUAUUCCAGUCUCAGGGAUCAUUUUCUCUUAUAUGCGAAUUGUUUCCUCCAUUCUGAGAGUCUCAUCUUCAGGUGGGAAGUAUAAAGCCUUUUCCUCCUGUGGCUCUCAUCUGUCAGUUGUUUGUUUAUAUUAUGGGACAGGCCUUGGAGCAAACCUCAGUUUAGCUGUCUCAUCUUCUGCCUGGAAGGGUGCAGUGACUUCAGUGAUGUACACGGUGGUCACCCCAAUGCUGAACCCCUUCAUCUACAGCCUGAGGAAUAGGGACAUCAAGAGAGCCCUGCGGAGGCUCAUCAGCAGAGCAGCCUGA